GUUGGAUGGGACUUGGAGCAACCUGCUCUGGUGGAAGGUGUCCCUGCCCUUGGCAGGGGGUGGGACUAGAUGAGCUUUAAGGUCCCUUCCCACCCAAACAUUCCAUGAUUCCAUGAAUCAAACAGCCUGGCUGCGCUGAGUCCACCCAACCACUUAAUUUGCUUUAAUUCCCAGUUGUCCAUCCCCCUGCAAACCCCUUGGAGGAUCGGGCUGCACCUCACCCUCACCCUGCUGUUCUCUCCCCGCAGUCACUGCUGUCAGAUUUGGUGACGUGCCCGAAAUCACUUCCCCGCCCCUCCAAAAGCAGGAAGAGCGAGGCCACAAAAAGCCCAGCACCUGCCCCAGAGCCAGGGGAAGGAGCCCUGGGGCAGGACAGCCCUGCCACAGCCCACCCUGCCCUGCUUUUGGAUUGUCUGCUCCAGACAUGACCCUCAAAUCUGGGCCCCUCAGGGCUCGGGCUCUGCUGCUGCUGUGCCUGGAGCUCUGGGCACAGCAAAGCCUGGCACUGCAGUGCCAGCCUGGGGAGAGGAAAAUCACCAGCAAAGAUGCAGAGAAAUGCUGCCCCAAAUGCAUCCCGAUGGAAGGAGGCAACAACCUGUGCCAGGGCAUCGAGGACCACAACUGCAAAUGCCCCCAGGGCCACAGCUGUGGGGACAACACCUGUCUGUACUGCAGGAAGCUGCCAGAGUGUGCUGAGGGCCACGAGCUCACCAGGAUUGGACACACAGAUUUCACAUUCCGGUGUAAACCCUGCGAGACGGGAACUUAUUCCAGCGUGAAGAAUGGCUGGUGCAGGAACUGGACUGACUGUGAGAGCUCGGGGUUUGUGACCCUCAGCCGAGGCAACAGCACCCACAACUCCAAGUGUGGCGUCCCUGCUUCUCCCAAGGAUGUGGAGCAAGCUCUCCUGCCCUCCAGCUCCCUGUCCACCACCAUCCUGGCCAUCCUGACGGCCGUGGCCGUGUUCGUGCUCAUCCUGCUCACCUUCCUCCUGCACUUCUGCAUCUGGACCCUGAAGGACAAAUAUUUCGCAGCUGAGGACGUGGACCAUCACUUCCCUAGGCCGCCGGCGGCUCCGCAGCUCCCGGAGACCUCCAGCAUCCAGUUCCCCGAGGAAGAGCACGGAGGAAAGACGGCCGAGGAAAAGCUUUCCAUGCUGUCCCUCAAAGUCUCCAACGAGCUCUCCAACAGAUAAACUGCCCUGGAGCUGAGCUUUCCCAAAGCAACAGGAGGAAGGGGAUGGGCUGUGAAGCAUCAGGAGACCUGCGGCGAGGAGGAGGAGGAAGAGCGGCUUUUUGGGGCAUUUUGGGGCUUUGCUCUCAACAAACCUGGCUUUGGGAAAUGAAAAUCCUGCUGAUUCAGGCUGGCAUUCAUUCCUGAGGGUGCUCUCCCAGCUUUUCCCUUUUCCAGAGUGAUGCCCCCAGGAAGGGAAUAGGGCACAGGGAGAAGGAAUAUUCUUAUUCCCUCAUUUAUCCCCGAGCUGCUUUUCCCUCCUGAAAACCACCCUCCUGGUGUCCCUCUGCCCCCAUUCCAGCCUCUCCUCUGCCAUCCCAGCACAAGGUGCUGCUCAGGCCCAGUUCUCAGGGCACAGAGGUUCCCUUGGGAAGCCACAGAAUUUGCAGGGAAACCAGGGAUAAAAAAAAAAGGGAGUAAUUCUUGUUGUCCUGUCCCUCAGCAAUCCCUGUACCUGGAAUAUUGGCUCCCAAAAGGGACACUUCCCAACACCUCAAAUGAGGACCAACCUGCCCAUUGGCUUGAAUGAGUUUAUAGAGCAGGAAAAGACAGUGGAAAACAGGGAAAAGCCCAGCACUGAUGGGUUUUUUCCCCCUUGCCCCUGAAGAAAAAGAACAAAAGCUUUUUUUUUUUAAUGUUAGAUUAGUGCUCCUCCAGUUUCCUGGAGCUGGAAAUGAAUUAUUCUGCCCGAAUUUCGAGGGGCAGCUGGACUUGGCUGCUUUCUGACACUGGUUUCAAACAAGGCUCUACCCUUUGGCUUCAAAUAGUUGAGUCUUUUUUAAAUACAAUUAUUUUUUGUGCUGUGUGACUGCAUUCAAAGCUCCUUUUGCCUUCUGGUGGAAGCUGCUUGGGGUUGGACACUCCUGACAGAAUCAGCUCGAGGCAAAAACGACUCUUUUGAGUUUCAAAAGGGACUUUUCACUCGCCAAAAUAACUUUUCAGCCUCCACGGGGGGGGGGGGGGGGGGUAUAAAUCCUUCCCAGCAUCAGCUCCCUCCUUAGAGAUCCCAGAAACAGGAUUUAAUUCUGAAUUAAACCCUGCCAGAUAAGGGAGUUGGUGUUAAUCACCCCAGAGGGGAUUAUUCCAGGUAGGAAUGACAGGCAGAGAACCCUAAAACCUGGGCCAGGUUGUUAUCCCAGCCAGCUCAGAGGGACUGGAUCACUCUUGGAUCCAUGGAAUUAUGGACCAGUUUGGGUUGGAAGGGAAAAAUCAUCUCAUGCCACUGAGGUGACUCAGGGAAUCCAGCCCACAACUCAUUUAGGGCAGAGAGGAAGAGCUAAUUAGUUAAAAUUCACCUUGUCCAUCAUGAUCCAGAGGAAUUCCCGCCUCUCCAACAUUCCUGCACUGCCACAUCUCCCUGGAUUCUUUAGGAAUCCCAUCCUGCCUCCCAGCUCCUCCAGACACUCUCAGCUGGCCUUUCCUGACCCUUCCCCCGAGGAGGUCUUGGAAAUCCUGAAUAAAAGAUUCAUUUUA